CCAAUCCCACCUCCAAUCCCAUCUCAAUCCCACCUCCAUCCCCAUUCCCACCCCACUCCCACUCCUGCAGGACCCAGAACCUCUCCCAGGACACAUCCCUGAAACCCCCAUCCCUCGGAGCUGCCGUCAAUCAAUCAUUUCAAUCAAUCAAUCAAUCAAUCAAUCCCCAGAACUCUGCCUGAACCUUUUCCCGAGCGGGGCUCAGCCGGGCAGGUCCUGCUGCGAGCGGGGCCGGCCCCGGAGCCCGGCACGGUCCAGCCCCAGCCCGGCCCCAGCCCCGAGCCCGGCACAGCCCGGAGCCCGGCCCGGCCCGGCCCCAGCCCCGGAACUGUCCGAGCAGCUCCGGGAAUGAUUCAUCCUCAUCUCCCGUGGGGCACGGCUCUGCCCGCCGUGUGCUGCCCGUGUCCAGCCCGUGUCACUCCCUGUCCUGCCCGUGUCACUCUGUGUCCAGCCCGUGGUCACUCUGUGUCCUCGCUGUGUCCAGCCCAUGGUCACUCCAUGUCCUAGCUGUAUGUCCUCCAUGUCCCUCCAUCCCCGUGUCCCUCCAUGUCCCCAAAUGUCCCCCAAAUGUCCCCAGAUGUCCCCUCCUGUCCUUUUCCCAUCAGGUGCUGGGAAGUCCAGUGCUGGAGCGUGUGGGGGCCUGGGAGGGUGUGUGGGUUGUCCAGGGGUGCCCUGGGGGACUCUGGGGACUCUGGGGUGCACUGGGGGCACUGGUUCUCUCUGGGGUACCCUGGGACACUCUGGGGUGCACUGGGGGCACUGAUUUUCUCUGGGGUGCCCUGGGACGCUCUGGAGUGCAACCCUCGGAGCUCCGGGGGGGUCAGGAACUGCUCGGGGCUGGGGCUGGGCUGGCCCGGGGGGGCUGGGGGCUAAUCCGGGCUAAUCCCGCCCUGGCACGGGCACCUGCCCACACCUGGAAAAUCCCCGGGUGCCCCAGCCCUGCCCCAGCCCCUUCAAAAGGGGCAGAGGCGGCUCCCGGCUCACCCAGCCCGCUCACCCGACCCCUCCGUGCCCGUGCCCGUGCCCGUGCCCGCCGCCAGGAUGAAGCUCUGGACCACGCUGCUGCUGGCCGGGCUCGCCAGCUUGGCCACUGCCCGCCCCGUGGAGGAGUCGAGUUGGGAAGGGCUCCUGGCGGAGCUCGGCAACCUGCUGGACCCUGCCGUGCUGCAGGAGGUCAAGGAGAAACCCCAGGAGCUGCUGGGGCUGCUGGACCCCCACGAGGAACCCCUGGAGCUGCUGGACCCCCACGAGGAACCCCUGGAGCUGCUGGACCCCCACGAGGAACCGCUGGCGCUGCUGGACCCCCACGAGGAACCGCUGGCGCUGCUGGACCCCCAUGAGGAACCGGUGGAACUGCUGGACCCCCACGAGGAACCCCUGGAACUGCUGGACCCUCAUGAAGAACCCUUGGGGCUGCUGGGGUCGCUGUGGCCGCUGGACCCCAACGAGGAGUCCCAGGAGCUGGAGGAUCCUGAGGUGAGUCCCGAGGAGCCCGAGGAACCCGAGGAAAGCUCUGAGGAGUCUGAGGAGAGUCCUGAAGAGUCUGAGGAAUCCGACGAGAGCCCCGAGGAGUCCGAAGAACCCGAGGAGAGCCCCGAGGAGUCUGAGGAACCCGAAGCAAGCCCCGAGGAGUCCGAAGAACCCGAAGCGAGCCCAGAGGAGUCUGAGGAACCCGAAGCCAGCCCUGAAGAGUCCGAAGAUCCUGAAGAGAGCCCCGAGGAAUCCGAGGAAUCUGAGGAGAGCCCUGAGGAGUCUGAGGAGAGCCCCGAGGAGCCCGAGGAACCCGAAGAGAGCCCCGAGGAGUCUGAGGAAUCUGAGGAGAGCCCUGAGGAGUCUGAGGAGAGCCCCGAGGAGCCUGAGGAACCCGAGGAGAGCCCUGAGGAGUCUGAGGAAUCUGAGGAGAGUCCUGAGGAAUCUGAGGAACCUGAAGCCAGCCCUGAAGAGUCCGAAGAUCCUGAAGAGAGCUCUGAGGAAUCCGAGGAACCUGAGGGAAGCCCAGAAGAGUCUGAGGAACCCGAAGCAAGCCCUGAGGAGCCUGAGGAAUCUGAGGAGAGCCCUGAGGAAUCAGAGGAUCCUGAAGCGAGCCCCGAGGAGUCUGAGGAUCCCGAAGAGAGCCCUGAGGAGUCAGAGGAGCUCAGCGUGGACCCGAAUGUCCUGGUGGAACUGGCAGAAAAACUGAAAGAGGCGCAGGAAGGCGAGAAGAACGAGGGGAUCCUGUCGCAUCUCAUGGACGCGAUUAACUGGCUGGUGACCCAUCUGAGCAAACACGUGUUCGGGUGCGCACGGGGGCUCGGGCUGCAGCCCCGAGGUGAGCAGUGAGCACCGUGAGCGCUGCCUCAGGGCCGGGGGCGGAUCCCGCUCCCCCCGCCGAGCUCCCGGCUCGUCCCGCGGCUUUCCCCGCCCCAGGGACCCCCCGCCCCCAGCCCCGCACAUCCCAAAUAAAGCCGA